CUGAUGUGGCCAGAUGUUUGAACGGUGCUGUGUCUGUGGGCUGCGGCUUCUUCUCCUGUCUGGAGAACUCAACCUGCGACACCGAUGGGAUGCACGAGAUCUGUGAACUCUUUCUCCACACGGCUGCAACCUUCAACACAGAGGGUAAAACCUUCGUGAAGAAGAGUCUUCAGUGCAUCUCCCAGGGAAUCUCAGCAAAGGUUUUCCAAACCAUCCGCCGCUGUAACAUCUUCCAGAGGAUGAUCGCUGAGGUGCAAGAAGAGUGUUACACCAGUCUGGACAUCUGCACCGUGGCUCGUAGUAACCCUGACUCCAUCAGUGAGGUGGUGCAGGUACCAGCUCACUUCCCCAACAGGUAUUACAGCACGCUGCUGCAGACGCUGCAGGCAUGCGACGAGCAGACGGUGGCGACCGUGAGGUCCGGCCUCAUCGCCAGGCUGGGCCCCGACAUGGAGACGUUCCUCCAGCUCGUCCAGAACAAGCCCUGCGCUGCCGACUCCGGCGCCGCCACUUACAACAACCCGUCCAGCUGGAGGAACAUGCCCGUGUUCAACGUUCAGCCCGGCUUCAGAGGCCGAGACCCCACCCACCUGUUCGCCAGGAGGUCUGUGGACGUCGGUGAAGGCGACGUCACCGAGAAAUAGAAAACAAAUGUUUAAUCCCGAUACAAACAAGCAGCUUUCACCUCAGAUCAUCAAACCAUAUCUCCCUCUGAUAUCUGAGCGUUAGAUUCGAGGUAAUAAUCACUGACGCGUAUGUUAUUGUUAAUAUUUGGGUUGACCUGCUCAGUCCAUCCUCACACUACCUGACGACCCGACUGAGCAUCAGAGACAUUUCAGAUGAAAAGAAUCGGCCGGUUACAGAGAUAACGACCCAUAUUUAUUUUAUUAAAUGAGUUAAUUUAUGAAGCUGUUACACUGGAUGUGUUUGUGAGGGACGAGAGGCUGAGGAGUCAGACGAAGCUUCACGCUGGUCGUGGAGCUCUGUGACAUCUCCUGGUCUGAGGUCACAUGAGCUGAAGAUGAUGUAGAGCUCACUGUGGGCGGAUGUAAAACCCGAGGUGGCGGAAGCAGACGUGAGUUUGUGAAGGAAAUAAAAGAUGUGAUAUGAUUCA